AAAACGCCAACCAAUCAAAUGACUCAUCAGCGGCCGUAGCAGGUGGAGCAGCAGCGGCAGGCGUCGUGGUCCUUCUAUGUGUAGUUAUAGGACUCCUUUUGUUUAGAAGAAUGCGUUUAGCAAAGAAGAAUUCGACAAAAGAAACCCAAUUUUCGCACCUUGAUAAAGCCCUUGAGGAGAAAACUAAAGUUCAACGAAGAACCCGCCAACACGCACAUGUCAACAGAUCAUAUGAAGAUGAGCAACAUACAAGUAUGCCUGCGACAGAUGCUAGUGAAUACUAUAGUUUUAGUGAACAGUUUAUGGGAAUAAGGGUUCAUGAGUUAUGGGACUACAUACACGCAAAAAUGGAAAACAAUUGUGAACAGCUGAUAUCAGAGUUCAAGGCUUUACCACAAGGCCUUGUUCAUGCAUUUGCAUCUGCCGACCAUAUUUCCAACCGAGGCAAAAACCGAUACAAAGAAAUGUAUGCUUAUGACCAUACUCGAGUCAUUCUGGAUCGUGAAAGUAACUCAGUUGAAGAUAAACCUACAGAUUAUAUCAAUGCCUGUUACAUAGAUGGUUAUGAGAAAGUUAAAAAGUUUGUAGCGUCACAAGGUCCCACCAAGAAUAUGGUAGACGAUUUCUGGGAGAUGGUUUGGCAACUUAAGUCAGAUAAAAUAGUUAUGCUCACGAAUCUGAUUGAAAUGGGCACGACAAAGUGUCUGCAAUACUGGCCUAAAGAAGAGGAAGGAGAAACUGAGUGUACUUUUGGAGAAAUAGUUAUAAAGCUACAAGAAACACAAAAGUUCCUUGACUACAACAUACGUGUGUUUUUGGUCGGAAAAAAUGGAAAAGUGUCACGUAGAAUUCGGCAAUUCCAUUUCAAGUCCUGGCCAGAUAAAGAUGUUCCUGACAGUACUUGGUGCCUUGUCAAUUUUUGGAGAGUUGUUGAUACGAACAAUGUAUCAGAUGCAGGACCAAUAGUCGUACACUGCAGCGCCGGCGUUGGCAGGACGGGAACAUUUAUAGGUCUUGACAAUAUGGUGAAUCAAGCUCGACAGGAAGGUUGCAUGAGACCGUUACAGAUUGUACAGACGCUGAGAUCACAACGAGUUAAUAUGGUCCAGACAAAGGAGCAAUACAUUUAUCUACAUGAAGCAGUUGCAGACGCCAUGUAUUUUGGUACCCACUUUAUUUGGACAAAACAGUUUAGAGAUGUUCUGGAAUUUAUGAUACACAAAGACAAGGGUGACGCACGGACACGAUUACAGAUACAAUUUGAGCUCAUUGAAAAGAGUAUUGAGAACCCGGCCUCAGGCGUUGCAGAUAGUCCUGAAUAUUCAAAUGUUGAGACUCUAUUAUCAGAGAGCGAUGCAUACAAACCAAAGAUAAAGAAAGGAGGGUCAAAAUUUGUUGACCAGUUGGGUGCCAUGUUUAUUCCUAAUUACAAGGGAAAGAGUACAUUUCUUGUGUCAAUGUCACCUGAUAAAGAUACAAUGGAAGAGUUUUGGUCUCUCGUUGACGAAAUCAACAUCAAGACAGUCAUAAUGCUUACAGAACAGUCGUCAGCAUGCUAUCAGUCAAGCUGUGAACUAGGUUCAAGUUCAAAAGGCGGAUCCCGAUUUAGUGUCAACAAGAUAGAAGAGAAAAUAAGAAAGGGUUACACACAGAGAUCAUUUACUUUCAAGGAAAGUGAAAGGGAGUUUCGAUCUGGACAGGAGGAUGAUCACUUAACAACAGUGAAGCAAUUUGAAUACACAGCUUGGAAAGAGGGAUUACCGGCUCCAGAUGACACAACCUCUUUCCUUGACAUGACAGAAGCCGUGUUAAAAUGGCAGCCGCAUUUAACUGAGUUGCAGCCUGUACUCGUACAUUGCAGUGAUGGUUGUACGAGGUCUGGUAUAGUAUGUGUUCUUCUGAACGAGCUUCAAAGGAUGAAAUAUGAAGGAGGCCAUGUCAACAUUGUAGAGUCUGUUAAAAUGAUGAAGAUACGACAGAGGCUUCUCAUAAACAACUAUGAACAGUACAAGUAUUGUAAUGAUCUAAUUCUGGAUCACAUUAAGCGAACAGAUGUUUACCAAAACCUCUAAAGUUCUGCAAAGGAGUAUGACGAUAUAAUAAUUCAUUUCUAACAUGUGUUGUGAUUUUUCUUAAACAACUGACCAUACAAUAUAGUUUGCACGUGUUUGUGUCAAUACUUGUUUUGUACCAGGGUGUAAAAAUUAGUUUGAACAAUAUUUAAUCAGAAUAUAUCUUUUUCAAACGGUGCUGUCUAGGCAUUAUGAUCAUAUUUGAUCUCAUUGAAAUGGUGAUAUGGAUAUAACAAUACCAUGAGUUAAGUAUGCAGCAACCAAUUUAUUAUACCUGUUUUUGUGUAAA